CCGGGUGAGCGCAGCAGAAGUAACAGAUGCAGAGCUGGGGGAGGAAGGAGCGGGUCGCGCGUGGCCGGAGUCUGGGGGACCUUCGACGUGGCGCCGAACCGUCCGCGGCGGAAAAGUCGCUACUCGCAGCCCGGGAUCCUGAAGACAGAAGAGAAUGGCAGACUUUCCUGAUGUAGUUUCUGUGGCUACAAAGCUAAAAAAUGAGGUCAUCCGGUACUACAAUGUUGAAGAUGAUGAAUGGAGACUUACUAAGAAAACAAAAGAUACGACAGUUUGGCGUAAACCAUCUGAAGAAUUCAAUGGAUACCUCUACAAAGCACAAGGGAUUGUGGAGGAUGUCGCCAACAGAAUAGUAGAUCACAUACGCCCUGGACCCUAUCGACUCUACUGGGAUAGUCUGAUGACCUCGAUGGAUAUUGUUGAUGAGUUUGAAGAGAACUGUUGUAUUAUGCGGUACACCACAGCUGGCCAGUUGUGGAACAUCAUUUCUCCCAGAGAGUUUGUUGACUUCUCCUGCACAACAGACUACGAAGACGGGAUUCUGUCAUGCGGUGUCAGCCUGGACUAUGGUGAAGUAAAACCGGGUUAUGUUCGAGGUUUUAACCACCCUUGUGGCUGGUUCUGUUUCCCUCUCAAGGACAAUCCUAGACACAGCCUGUUGAUAGGCUUCAUCCAGACAGAUUUGCGUGGGAUGAUCCCCCAGUCGGCGGUGGACACGGCUAUGGCCAGUACUCUGACUAACUUUUAUUCUGAUCUCAGAAAAACCCUGAAAGCAUAAUCUGUGCUGACCUCAAACUCUCUGUGUUUCUUGCAAUCAUACUCUGCACCUCAUAGUCGAUUCUCAAAACCUUAGGAUAGGUUGGAAGCUUCCUGCAUGAAGGUCUGUAGUAUUUUCCUUAUAGGUGCUGGUAGUCCCAUUUGCACAGAAGAACUGAAAACAUGUUUACUCUGAAGUAAGAUCCACUGAGCUCAAUGAAACUCACUUGGCAAGCCUUUGGCACGUCGUUCCUUCUUAGCCAAGCCAUGGACACAGAAGCCCAUGACACUCGCACAACCACAUUCUGGACAGAACUCUAAAUCAGAGUGUUCUAGCAAGUUGAGGGAAAGGAUCUCUUCCCUGCAGGAAUACAGUCUGUGGGCUGGCCUACACAACAUAAUUUCCAGAAUGGUUGUAGCUCCAAAGCAUGCAAAUCACAGUGCUCAUAUUUGUAGCACCCCCAUGGAAGAUGUUCAUUUUCACAAAGGGAAGCUGUGGAACUGGAGGGUGAAAACAUGUUCUGCUCCAGCUAAUUUCACCCCUAAAGGAAACUAGGCAAUGAUGGGAAAGCUCUGCCAUCCAGCAACCCCUUUAUUUACUAAGACUGCUUUACUAAACGUUAUUACUAGGGAAAAGCCUCAUUGAGCACAGUAGGACUUGCUUCUGAGUAAACAUUGAAGGCGGCGGCCUGUAAGAGUGGGAAUAGCAAUACACUGGCAUCUUUUCUUUUCAAGGGCUAGAUGUAUGAAUGCGAAAUACUAAUGCUUUCAUGUACUUUAUGUUGCUUGCUAAUCCAGAUCUAAAAGAUGGUUCAGAAUCUUUUAUCUUUAAACUAAAAAGCUUGAUGCACUGUAGAGAAUUCUGUGCUCCUGUUUCCAUACUUUACUGCUUUAUAGAGUAAUUUUGUCAUUGGUUAUUUGGGGUGGCAUGCAACUGAGUCUUACUCAGAGUAGACCCACUGAAAUUAAUGGACCUUGCUUAAUCUUUA